ACCGCUGCAGCUCACAGCGAAGGAAGGCGGAAGUAAACAUGGCUCAGGAAGAAAGCAUGGCGGUCCCGGACUUUCUCAGGAAAGCGGAGUUAGUGAAACAAGGGGCAGAAGCGAGGGUUUAUCGGGCGAAGUUUCUGGGAAAGCAGAGUAUCGUUAAAGAGAGGUUCCCUAAACGGUACAGACACCCGGUGCUGGACGAGAAGCUGACACACCGGAGGACGGUGCAGGAGGUCCGCUCCAUACUGCGCUGCCGCAAAGCAGGUAUUUCUACUCCUGUCGUCUAUUUCGUUGACUACACCUCCCACUGUAUCUUCCUAGAAGAAAUUGUUGGCUCCAUGACGGUGCGGGACCACAUUUCAUCAGCUCAGCAGUCUGCUUCCUGCUCUGAGACGGAGCUGGAGCAGCUGGCUGAGCGGAUGGGACAGAUCCUGGCCAAAAUGCACGACGAGGACGUCAUUCACGGAGACCUGACCACCUCCAACAUGCUGCUGAGACGCGGCCCUGAGGACGGGGAGGAUGACUUAGUGCUCAUUGAUUUUGGCUUGAGUUACAACUCUGCUCUGCCGGAGGAUAAAGGGGUGGACUUGUACGUGCUGGAGAAGGCUUUCCUCAGUACCCACCCAAAUACGGAGUCUCUGUUUGAGAAGCUGCUGAAGAGCUACACCGCUUCAUCCAAGAAGUCAGCAGCUGUGAUAAAGAAGCUGGACGAGGUUCGGCUAAGAGGGAGGAAGAGGUCGAUGGUGGGAUGAUGAAUGAUUCAGCAGACAGGGACAAACCUCUUCAGGAAAAAAAUGUUUCAAACUUGUUAAAUAACAAAGCUGAGAAACAAAAUGUUGUAUUAAAGACACUGUCAAACUAAAUAAAUCUUUUGCUACAGAUAAA